AUGGCGCCAGCAACUCCAGAUGCGGAGGCUCAUCAGAAGCUCAUCGAUCAACUCGACAUCCACGCCAUCCACCGGCCCUUCCGUAACCCUCACUGGAAGCCCAACCAACGUCGCAAUAAGAACAUCAAAACAAUCCUCGGCGACGCCGUCCGAAAGGAAGCCUCGAUAAUGGCCACGCAAGAAAAUAGCGGUGCUGCAACCCCCCUCCCCGACGAUUCAAGCGCCGUCUCUACAGGCGGCGAUACCACGCCUGCAUCCACCACCAGCUCGACACUACAGCCCAACCUAGCUCAAGCAUCGAGGAACCUGUCCAAGCUAGUUUUAGAGAGGAAUAUGCGGACCAGUGGGUUCUCCAUGGCACCAAAUGCUACGUAUACGAAUAUUGAGGCUGCACCUUCUUUUGCGCAUCCUAAGCACUACUGUGAUCUUACGGGUCUACCGGCGCCGUACACGGAUCCAAAGACCAGGCUGAGAUAUCAUAACAAGGAGGUUUUUGGGGUGAUUAGAACGUUGGGGCAAGGUGUUGCGGAGCAGUAUUUCUGGGCAGUCCGGAAGGCAUUCAACGACAUAUACAUCGGCAUUUUGGCUCGCAUAUGCAUCAUUAUGGGAUUUGGGAUCAAGGCAGAGAACGAUGGUCUUGAAUGGAUAGGAUAUGGUUCUAUAAUGCCACCUCGGGGCCAGGCCCUGGGUGCAACUGGAUAUGUCUGUCCCCAGGAAGACAUUCUACCAGAAGCUCGCAUUAUUGGGCAUCAGCAGCAGAAACUGGAUGGAUUCGGGAUGUCCGACCGACAAAGUCAAGCUCACUCCACCCACCAUUGGCCUUUCGACCAAUGGUUCAAGAAGGCGCUCCGGCUUAAUCGCGAUCAAGGUUAUCUUUUAUAUGCCUUGAAGAUGACAGGGUACCGAGAACAUAUGGGGGAAUAG